GGAUGUUCCGGAGCGCAGGAAUAAUAAAAUUGUUUUCUUACAGAAGUAAAAUAAAAAAAAACUAUUUCUUCAAAUUCAAAUCUCAAUACGAAACUCUGUGCAACAGUUAAGAGAGCAACGAGUGACAGAAAAAAUAUUUUAAAUUUGUGUGAUAUAAGUGUAAUACAUACAUAUAAAUGCAAAUUUAUAUUAUAAUGAUUUAUAAAUAUUAAUUUCUUCGAUCAUUUUGCAACAAAUUCAGUCGUUUCAGUGCGGAUCGUGAUCCAUUACUAAGCACAUCAUGGACUUACAAGCAUCACAAGUAAAUGAUAAUACCAGUUCAUUAUCACAAGUGAUAUCUAACAGUAAUACUAUUGGAUCCAAUCACAGUCAUCACUCAAGCUCACUUAAUCUGCAGCAUUUACACCAACCAACUUCACAUAGUACAUCCGCACUUCACCUAGAUUCUUCACCUGCUGGGACCUUAUCAGCAACAUCAGCCCAACACUUAGCUCAAAUACAAUCGCAUCUGCACGAAAAUCCAUACUCGCAAGCCAUUCAAAGUGAUAAUAGGAAAAAUAAAGUACACAAUUUAAAUAAUUACAAUGGCAGUAACAGGUGUGAUGAAGAUUUGGGGACUAGUUCUUUAAAAACAAAUAAUCCUAUAAGCGCUGAAUCUUCAACAAAUUCAACAGUAAACUUCAUGCAACAAACCGCGGUAGAAUGGUUAAACGCAAUGAAUGAAGCUCAAACGUCUGUCGAAGACAAUCAUAGUUCACAAGGAAGCUUAUCUGGUGAUGGUCACGGUGGUGUAAAUCAACUGGGUGGCGUUUUUGUCAAUGGUCGUCCACUUCCCGAUGUGGUACGUCAACGCAUCGUUGAAUUAGCACAUAAUGGCGUCCGUCCAUGUGACAUAUCACGGCAAUUGCGAGUUAGUCAUGGAUGUGUAUCUAAAAUAUUGUCAAGGUAUUAUGAGACUGGAAGCUUUAAAGCCGGAGUUAUAGGGGGUUCCAAACCUAAAGUAGCCACUCCACCAGUUGUUGAUGCUAUUGCUAAUUAUAAACGUGAAAAUCCAACGAUGUUCGCUUGGGAAAUACGAGAUAGACUUUUAGCGGAAAGUAUAUGCUCGCAGGAUAAUGUACCCAGCGUGUCAUCAAUUAACAGAAUUGUUCGAAACAAGGCCGCAGAGAAAGCAAAACAUGUCCACCACCAUCAACCACAACAACAUAACAGCGGCUGUUCUGCAGGUAACAGCGGCAACUCCAAUCACAAUGCAAUGGAUAGUGUGGAAAGCAAUGGGAAUGAUUUGAGUCACCACCAGCAACAAAAUAGCUCUAAUAACUCAAAUAGUAACCCGACAUCAGUUAUAGCACAUGCACCAGCCACCACUGUUGCGGCAGCGGUGACACAUUUACAACAACACCAGCAACAAAAUAUUCUUAAUACAGCGGCAUCAACCCCAACUCUAAAUGCAAAUGCCACUAAUAAUAACAACGGCGUAGAACAGCGAUCAACAGCAUAUAGUAUAAAUGGGAUACUGGGUAUACAACACUCUACAGAUCCAAAUGGAAAUUGCAUUAAAAGAAAACGUAUUGACGAUCAUGAAAACAGAGUCCCUCAAGAUUUAUAAAUCGCAUACCGAAGCAAAUAUAGAAUUUCAC